AUGCGACAAUCUAAGGCACAGAAACAGAAGGUGUCGUCGAAGGAGAAGCAAAAGUUGCGCAAGGAGUAUCAGGAGUUACAGAAACAACUGUACAAAAUUGUCAUUCCAUCUUUAGUAGCAAUUUUCCUAUUCAUCGUAGCAUAUGUCUACAUUAAAACUAGGCCCAGGAGCUCAUACGUUGAUUGA